UUCCGGCCUGGUGGCGGCGCGUGGGCCCCGCGCGCUUCGAAAGGGCGGGAAGGCGGUUGGCGGCGGGCGGUUGGCUACUCACUCCAUGGCUGCGCGGACGGGAGGCGGCGGCGGCCUCGGCUGAGGGAGAAGGAAGGCGGGAAGGAAGGCAGCGGAGCCGGAGCGCGCUGACGCGGUCGCCAACACCGACGGACCUGCUUGCGGAGUAGCUGCUGCCACCAGAGCUGGAGCCAUGAGCGGGUUUAAUUUUGGAGGCUCGGGGGCCUCCACAGGCGGGUUCACGUUUGGCACUUCGAAGACAGCAACCACCACAACCACGCCGGCGACGGGCUUCUCUUUCUCUACGAACAGCUCUGGCAGGUUCAGCUUUGGGACCACCCCCACGCAGCCGGCGGCGGCGAGCACCCCUUCCACCAGCCUCUUCUCACUCGCCUCCCACAGCCCGGCGACCCCCGCCACCCAGGCUGCCCCGGCUGCCCAGACCUCGGGCUUCAGCUUCGGUACCACAACACCCGCCCAAGGAGGGACCGGCUUCUCCCUGGGUGUCAGCAUCCCGAAGCUGAAUGUGGGCGGCACUACAGCUGCCCCUGCUCCUGCUGCUCCUGCUCCAGCCCCAGCCCCAGCCCCAGCCUCCACGGGCUUUGGGCUGAGUGGCAGCACCAUCCCUGCUGCUGCAGCCACCACCACCACUACCGCUGCCUCCAGCCAGGCGUCUACCGGCUUCAUUUUCAGCUCAGCUGCCGCUGCCACCGCCGCUGCCACCACCACCUCCACGGCCACCUCCAGCGCACCCCUGGGCUUCUCCUUCAACAGUGGGGGCUUGUCCCAGACCACAUCCUCCGGCUUCACACUAGGCUCCUUCGGGAGCACGACCCAGCCCAGCACGCUGGCCCUGCAACCAUUCACUUCGGCCACACCUGCUGCCACCGGCGGGGGGGGCAUACAGCCCAUCGUCCCCGUCCCCGUCGCGGCUAGCACUAGUGCAAGUUCAGGGACUACUCUCUUCUCCUCCAUCGCCACCGCGUCCACCUCAGCUACCACCGGCUCCAGUGGGCCCACUCUUGGUACCUCAGCCAUCACUCCGGGGGUUGCCACGACAGGCUUCACCCUGAAGGCACCGGGGGUGAGUUCUGCUGUGUCCACAGCAGCCGCCACCACCGUUGCCACUGUCAGUGGCAGCAGCUUUGUCUCAAACACGAAGACAGCGGCCCCAACCGCUAUCUCCGUCAGCCAGCCGACCGCCUUGUCCAUCCUGCCGAGUGCUAGCACGGCCACAGGGGUGUCGGGCACCUCUGUGAUGACCUACGCGCAGCUGGAGAGCCUGAUCAACAAGUGGAGCCUGGAGCUGGAGGACCAGGAGCGCCACUUCCUGCAGCAGGCCACCCAGGUGAACGCCUGGGACCGCACCCUGAUCGAGAACGGCGAGAAGAUCACCAGCCUGCACCGCGAGGUGGAGAAGGUCAAGCUGGACCAGAAGCGGCUCGACCAGGAGCUUGACUUCAUCCUGUCGCAGCAGAAGGAGCUGGAGGACCUGCUGAGCCCCCUGGAGGAGGCAGUGAAGGAGCAGAGCGGCACCGUGUACCUGCAGCAUGCGGACGAGGAGCGCGAGAAGACCUACAAGCUGGCCGAGAACAUCGACGCACAGCUCAAGCGCAUGGCCCAGGACCUCAAGGACAUCAUCGAGCACCUCAACACGGCUGGCGGCCCUGCUGACACCAGCGACCCGCUGCAGCAGAUCUGCAAGAUCCUCAACGCACACAUGGACUCGCUGCAGUGGAUCGACCAGAACUCGGCCUUGCUGCAGCGGAAGGUGGAAGAGGUGAGCAAGUUGUGCGAUGGGCGGCGCAAGGAGCAGGAGCGCAGCUUCCGCAUCACCUUUGACUGAUGUCCCGG